AUGACCACGACACCACCCCUCGCGACGGGUGCCAACCCUCCGAUUCCCGCCGAACAGCUCGCCGCACUUACAUCGCUGCUGUCGGGUCUCACCGCUGCCGCUUCCGGCACUGCCACACCCGCCACGACGUCCGGCACCACUCGCACUGCCUUUCCAAAGCACGCACGCUUGGAUGGUGCGAAGACCUUCGCGAACUGGACACGCCAACUUCGCCUGUGCCUAGCGGACGACAUCCGCUCGUACGUCCUCGACGGUAUCGCACCCGACGACUGGACACCUUCGCAACGCUCCGCUCGCGACGCCGUCGCUCGUGAGGUCCUUGCGAAUUCGAUUGACUCGGCCGAAGUCUCGGCAGUCCUCGACAAAAUCCCUACCGCCGACCUGACAGCGCCGACAAUCUACUCGACGCUGAAAUCGCGGUACGCCCCUGACGACGCCACCCGCACGCUCGAGCUCUUCUCACGACUCUGGGGUUUCCGUCCCAUGCCCGGCACGGUUGCCGAAUUCGACGGGUGGAUCAUGGACUUCAAAGCCGUUGCGCAAGAGAUCAUCGACACAAAGACAACUAUCAAUGAUGUUCUCGCCACACUCCUCCUUGCAAUCGCCCACCCGUCCCUCGAGAGCUUCAAGGCGUCGUUCACCGAUGAACAGCGCACGCAACGAACUCUCCCCGACAUUGAUUCGCUUGCCGACCGUAUGCGAGUCCAACUUCGGUCAACGAACAUCCCCAGCACUCAAUCGGCCCUUCUUGCCUCGUCGUCGUCACGUUCUACUCGUCUCAAGUGUCUCGCCUGUCGCAGCCCUUCGCACCGAGUCGCGGAGUGCCCUACGAGGGCGCAACACCCGCCGCCAGGACCCUGUCGCUCCUGCAAGAAGAAGGAUCACUGGUCUCUCGACUGCAAGAAGGCGCUCGAGGACGGCAAAAAGCCCGACACCGCUGACUCGACCGUCGACUCGCAACACCAUGUCGGAUGUCUCGCCACCGGUCUUCUCGCUCGUCGUCGCCAGCUUCGCAACCACUCUUUUGUCGUCGACUCGGGCGCCACUUCGCACAUGGUCUCGGACAAGUCGCUGUUCACGACCUAUCGCCAUAUCGCUCCUACGAAGAUUGGUGGUAUUGCAGGGGGCAUCAACGCCAUCGGAACGGGAAACAUCGCCUUCAUUGCCGCCUCGGGUCAUCCGAUCACGCUUACCGGCGUGCUGCACACUCCGGGCCUGUUUGUCAAUCUUCUCUCGGUCUCUCGACUUUGCGACACCGACGAUGUCCGUGUCGCCUUCACAAAACACGGCAUCCACAUUGACAAGGACGGCAACGACAUCGCUGAAGGCGCACGACUCGACGAAGGGCUCUACUUGCUGGACGCUGAUCAUUCCAAAUGUCAGCACCUUGCUCUCCUUUCUCGCUCACAGUCGUCCGUGCCCCUGCUGACUCUCCAUCGCUGCCUCGGCCAUCUCGCACCGUCCUCCAUACAGAAGAUGGUUGCCGCUGGUUUGCUGGAGGGUCUCAGGGCCGGAUAUAGUGACGAAGAGGUAGAGAAGUUUGUCUGCAAUGCUUGCCUCAGCGCAAAGGGCCAUCGUCUUCCCUUUCCCGAUUCGGAUUCGCACUCCUCAGAGAGACUCGGCCUUGUACACAGCGAUGUGCUUUCCUUCCCCGAGCGGUCCUUGACUGGCAAACGUUACCUGGUCACAUUCCUUGACGAUUACUCGCGCAAACUCUGGGCCUACGCAAUCGGACACAAAAGCGAAGUCUUCGGCAUAUUCAAAACUUGGCUAGCCGAGGUUGAACUCGAGACGGGUGCGACGCUGAAGGUCCUCCGAACCGACAACGGUGGCGAAUACUGUUCGAGAGCGUUCACAGAGUUCUGCAAGACACGAGGCACCCGUCGACAAUACUCUAUCCCACGCACGCCUCAACAGAACGGUCGUGCAGAGCGGGUCAAUCGUUCCAUUGUCGAAGGCGUCCUUGCCCUCCUUGUCGACGCCCACCUACCCAAGACAUUCUGGGAGGAGGCUGCAGCUUAUUUCGUUUACUGCAAGAACCUGUGUCAACACGCGGCCCUGGACAAGGCAACACCAAACUCCGUCUGGCAGGGUGACCACACCACUGCCUCGGCGCUUCACCCGUUCGGCUGUACAGCUUGGCUUACGGUCGCGCCCGAACUUCGCUCCAAACUCGACCCGAAGGCGGUUCGCGUUUUUUUCACCGGCUACGACCUGGCUUCAAAAGCCUUUCGCUUCUACGACACUACAACACAGAAGAUUAUACUUGGCAGAAAUGCCACGUUCCUCGACACUGAAUUCCCCGGAUUACAUGGCGACCCCACUGAGCAAGACGGCGACACGCACUUCGCCAGCGCUCCCACCACCGAAUCUCAAACCGUUGUCAAGACAUGGACCCCACUAGUAAGGUCGGCGCACAUGGACGUCUCAUCCCCCUUGAUGAUUCUGCCAUGAGCGCCGUUGACGUGGCCCCAGGGUACACUGGCGGAACCUUACUUAACUUCACAGAUGCCGAAUCGUCCUCGUCACCGUCGCCUGCGUCGCCCUCAUCACCGUCGUCUGCGCCAUCGCCUGCACUUUCACCAUCGUCGGCUGCGUCAUCGUCACCCUCGGCCUUACCGACCGACUCUGAAGACUCCGCCGAUCCCCUCGACCUCCUCGGCUCACAGCCCCAGGUUCGCCUCGAUCUACAGGACGUGCACCACCCAGACUUCAGCACGUACCGCGAGCCCGCAUCGGCUGAGGAGUCGCCCGACGAACUCGACCUCAUUGGGCGCCACUCUCGCGACGAAUCUCCGGACGAAAUCGAUUUCCUCACCCGACACCACCGCGCCUUCAUCGCCAUCGACGACGACACCUCUGACACAGAGGCAAUUCAGCCAGUCAAGUCCAUCACGAGCGACCCACAGACCUGGCGCGAGGCGAUGUCUAGCGACAAGCGUGAAGUAUGGGCCAAAGCCGCCACCGACGAGUUCACCUCCAUGCGCGACGACUUCAAGGUCUUCACCAUCGAGGACCGAGCCACGGUGCCCGCGGGUGCGACUAUCGUUACAUCCAAGUUCGUCUGGAAAACGAAACGGAACGCACUCGGCGAAGUCACUGGACACAAGGCAAGGCUGGUCGCGCAAGGCAAUCGGCAACGCGACGGCAUCGACUUCAACGAAACGUUCGCACCGGUCGCACGCUUCUCCUCGAUACGCUCACUCCUCGCGCUGGCGGCCGCCAACGGCUUGCACGUGCACCAGGCGGACAUCGACAAAGCAUAUCUGCAUGGCGACCUUGACCACGACAUCUGGAUGACGGCACCGCGCGGCUUCGACCUUCCCAGCGACAAGGUGCUUCGCCUGCGACGCUCCAUCUACGGGCUCAAACAGGCUGGCCGAAUCUGGAAUCGACACAUCGACGCUUCGCUUCGGGCCCUCGGUUACACGGCGACGGGCACCGACCACUGCGUAUACUCUUGGCUCGAUGAUCGUCAAUGUCCACACUACAUCGCACUGUACGUCGACGACCUCCUGAUGAUCAGCCCGGAACUGGCCGAAAUCGAACGUGUCAUCUCAGGCCUGGACCAACGCUACGGAGUCAAGCGCCUCGGCCCGGCCGAGUAUAUCCUCGGCAUCCAGAUCAGGCGGUUCGACGACGGCUCUAUCGCCCUAUCCCAGGAACGGUACAUCAUGGACGUGCUCGCUCGGUUCCACUUCGACACCACGACUCGCGGCACUACAGUUCCGAUGACUCCCGGCCUUUCGCUCACUGCUAUCCCGGGUCAAGGCACCGAACGGAUCAGGUCAUGGUAUCUGCAGGCUAUCGGCUCGCUCCUCUACAUUUCGCUCGGUACCCGCCCUGACAUCGCCUUCGCCGUGUCCUACCUGGCCCGCUUCGCCAACAACCCCGGUCGUCGUCAUUGGAUUGCGGUCAAGCACAUCCUACGCUAUCUCCGGGCCACGUAUCGCAACGAACUCGUGUAUGCUCGCGGCCAGGCUCGCAUCACGGGUGUGGUAGGCUACUCCGACGCGAACUGGGGGGCCUGCAUCGACACAUCGGUGUCCACCAUGGGCUACGUCUUCUACAUCGCUGGCUCGGCCGUGUCCUGGUCGUCCAAACGCCAGUCUCGAGUUGCCGAUUCGACCACCGACGCUGAAUACCUCGCCCUCUCGCAUGCUGGCAAGGAAGGGAUUUACCUCAGUCAGCUGCUCGAAGAGCUCCAUGUACAACCUGUUGCACCGGCUCACAUCUUUACUGACAACGAAGCCGCUGCUGCAGUUGCUCACGAUCCUGUCCGCGUCUCUGGCACUCGGCACAUACGCUUGCGUGAGCACUUCGUUCGGGACAUGGUGAAUCGGGGCGACAUCUCUCUCUCGCAUGUGGGUACCAGCGACAUGGUGGCCGACAUCUUCACCAAGGCUCUCGGCCCAAAGGUCUUCUCAACGCACUGCUACGCCCUCGGCCUUCGCACUCGACACCCGCGGCUUGGGUCUGCCUCGCAUUCGCGUGGGGGGGGGUGUGAAGAGUCCACUCUCAGCUCGACAGGGGCGCCUCGGUCGUUGCGCGCACUUGCUAGCCCGCCCCCGGCGGUGGGGACUUAG